UUCGACGAGGUAUGGGUGGCAGCUCAUGGGCCGGUGUCAGGGGAGCUGCUGGUGCGCACGACCACCGACGAUGGUUCGGAGUGGAUGUGGGCUGUGGUCCUGCCGGGUGCAGGGCAGAUGGUGGCCCCAACGGCGGAGAAGUGGAAGCCGAGCGCCGCAGAGAGCAUGACACUGAUCCGGGAUGCGACACAACUUGUGGCCCAACUGCAAAUGGCAGGAGCGGGCAGCUAUCCAGUGAACGCAGCAGGGACUGCGGGCAAGCUGGAGCCAGUACAACUUCCCGUGGUGACCGCGGCAACGGCACCGUUGGUUCCUGUGCCACCCGCCGCACCAGGCGGGGUGGGUGGAGGAGGAGGGCCCGCGGUUGCCGCGCUGGGGCUGUCAGGGGAGGUCGCGGUGCCCAGUGGUCAGGCUCCAAAUGUGGACCUGAAGGCCCUAGAGGCAGCUGAGGAUGGGAAGGACAGGCAGGUGAGCUACUCGGAUCUGGCGCACGUGGACGGCUUGAAGUGGAAGAAGAAGGGCGACUUGGUGGCAUUCGCGGCGAAGCAUCCUGGAGCCCUGACGGCCCACUUCCUAGCCGGGGUUUACGCAAGGCUGUCCAAGGGCAGCCUGUCACGCACCCGGCAGCUCAGGGAGGCCUCGGUGGCGUCGUGGGCUCAUCAGUUCAGUGGGCUGAACGAGAUCCGCGACAUGAAGGAGGUACUCACGAUGGCCGAGGUGCUGGAUUCGGUGAAUCGCCGGGAGAUCGAGAGGGCGAUGGACAUCCUUUGCCAGAGAAUCCUUGCCAUCCAGGCGGCCAAGUUCAAAGGGGGUUCCUGGGAGAAAGCAGAGGCCAUCGAGUUGGUGAGCACCCAGAAGUUUCGGCAGGCCAUGAGCCUGCGCGGUGCGGUGACGCAGGAUCCCAUGGGUUUUGGGGCAUUUUUCUCUGCUGUCGUGGGUAGCUUGGCCUACUCGCUGCGGGGAGAUCGUGAUCUGUCUGUGUGCCCGGGCUUACUGGAGGGUGCCAACCUGGUGGUGGCGGCGCUAAAUUCGCUAUUCGGGGGGCAGUUUGAGGCUGAGGCAAUGGUGUUGACCGAUGAGCCUACUUUGUCUGGUGUUGGGCUGGACAGUUUUCUAAAGCAGUCUGAGCACUAUUCUGGUGGCGGAGUAGUGUUGGCUCUUGGGGUGAGGGGAGGGGUCCCUCAAAAGGCAGCGGAUGUAUGUCUGCAUGAGCACUUGAAGGACUCGUUUCCAGAGAUGGCUGAUCAGGUUAUCCGACCCGAAACUCUGCUACUUCCAUCCAAACGGAGGCCAAGGCGUGUUAAGCGUGGCUACACGUGGUUGGCAUCCUCUUACCCCGAGCUGGUGAGGCGCAAUGUUCGCGCAGGGCUGCAUCGUCUGAAGAAGCCGCAUCAAGUUGCUCGGCAUCGCGGCGUUGUCUGCCUGGCGGGAGCCUUUGCAGUGCGAAAGGAUGCAAAUGAAGAUAGAGUUAUCACCGAUCCCAGCGUCAAUCAACUUCUUGACCCAGUAAAGUUGCCCAGGCCUCGAUUCGCUUACAUCCCGAAGAUGCGGACAGUCGCGGUGCCGGCAGGAGGGAUUUUGGUGGUUUCGAAGCGUGAUGCUCGGCACUACUUUCAUCGCUUGCAGAUCGGGAGGCGUUGGCGACGAUGGCUGUGCGGACCGCCGAUACAGACCACAUCAUCUACAGGCCAGGACGGCUUUCGCUAUCCAGCCUCGUGUUCGGCUCCCAUGGGGUUUGGUCCAUCGGCGGGCUGGGCGCAGGGAUUGACCGACGUGAUUGCUUUGGAUGCCCAGUUACCGCCGGAACAGAGGCUGCACCCUGAUACAGUUCCCCCUAGUACCAUGCCGGUUUGGGGCUCCAUUGUCGAUGACGUGUGGGCCAUUGAACAUGUCGGCAGCCAGCUCGAUGCAGGCGUGGGAGCGUCAUGGAUGGACGCUGCUGAAAGGGCCUGGGUCGCGCGUGGUGUGGAGCCCAACUCCAAGAAAAGCAUUGAUAAUGCGAUGGGGGAGGAAGUCCAGGGUUACUAUGUGGAUCCGUUGGAACAUUGGGUCGGUGUGAGUUUGGAGAAAAGGCGAUGGCUGUUCCAGGCAACCGUUUGGGUUCUGCGGCAGAGGAGAGUGAUGGUGGCAGUUGUAGACAGGUUGAUUGGCAAACAUGGCUUUGUACAUUCUGCGCGGGCCAUCAUGAGGUCAAUCUUUGAAGCGAGCUAUUCCUGGCUGGACUCGGUUCGUGGUCGGAGGCGGGACCUGGUUGAAAUUCCUCGCAAGGUAUGGGUUGAGUUGGCCAUUUCAGCGCUAUUGCUGCCUUUCUGUUCUUUCAAUCUGUCAGCGGAAUGGAGCUGCCGAGUGGAGUGCACUGACGCGUCGAUGAGCGGUAUCGGUCGUGCUUGGGGUGUGGUUCCACGCAACGUGGUCCAGACCAUAGCUCGUUAUGCCGAUCAUGGACGGGUUUACACAAAUCUGAGUUUGCCUUGGAGCAUUGGCCUCACCUCGGAGCAUAAGUGCCCUUUGCGACGGGUUCGCAUACCAGUAGAGCGCAUCAAGUGGUUUACGGCGGGGGCGCAGUGGAUGUCCUCACAUAUCACCUUGGGCGAGGCGGAUGCUGUGACCUGGGCCGCCGCUGAUCGAUUGCGGAGGCCAGCGGAUGAUGGUAGCCGUUUUGUCCACCCGCUUGACUCAGCUGCUUGCGUGGGUUGCUUUACCAAAGGAAGAUCCAGCUCACGAGCAUUGAACCAGCGUUGUCAGCGGAUGUGUGCUAUCGGGGUAGCUGGUGGUCAUGAAGUCUUCUACCCGUGGGUCCCAUCCAAAGAGAAUCCCGCCGAUGAACCUUCGCGGAGGUGGGAGCCCAACGAUGAGCAAGCCGAUGAGGGGCAACCUGAGCCGUCGGGCGAGUUGGUAGUGACGGGUCUCGGUUGUUGGCCAAACGAUAGCAAGUUCUUCAUUCAUGUGUGUUCUGGGCCGCGGCGAGAUGGUGAUCUGUGGUUGCUGGGCGAGCUGGCGAUGGAGGGGGCGUGGAUAGGUUUCCAAUGGGGAUCCAUGAAUGAAGAAGACCAGGAUGUCUUUCUUGCCGAAUGGGUGAUUGAAGGAUUUGAGGGCUUUGAUCUUUUCGAGAG